AAGCUUUUGUUAUAGCUCUGAGCUGCUUAUUAUUACAUAUUAUUUCAAGUAAGAUCUUCAUAGUGUCUUUUGGUGGAGGUUGUUUCUAUAAUUUGAAAGUACUGCUUGUUUUGAUGUAGUGUAGAAAAUCAGAAUAAUAAAAUGCUGUUUCCAGAAAACUGAUUUCUUGCUAAUGUAGUUCUGUGAAACUCAGUAUGUGUGGGAAGAGAUGCUGGCAUACUCUAGAUGUGAUAGACUGCUGAAUAUAAUUUGUUAAAUUAAAUUCAUCCCUAAUUUAGUAAUACUGCUUUGUUAAGAAGUGAUGUAUUUUCUGUGUGGAGAUAAUCCAAAAUCUUGAUAAUCUGGUGUCUGUGCAAAUUCUCAUCUUUUCAGAGGUGCUAAUUUAUUUGUCUUGGCCAAAUACUUCUCUGAGGGAUUAGAUUCUGUUUGCAUAAAUAGCUACUGCUUCCAGUUUUUAAAGAUGUACUGUUGUAAGUAACAUUGCUUUGCUCUGCAGAGAAUUUAAGAGCUGGUAUUUCAUAGCACAGAGAUCCACCCAUUUAUUACUUUGGGCAGUUAUAUAUGUGUGUCACAUUUGCUCUUCUAAAUGGUAACUUUGCCAUAGCAGAUUCUGUCUCUGAAGUAGUUUGGGGAUUUACUGAAGUAUGGUACUAGAGAGUGCUCCUGCUAUCAGAUACCCACAAAUGCCAUAUCUGACCACGAGGAAAGAUUUGAAUCUUUAUCACUGCAGUAUUAUCACUGAGCAUAUUGAUUCUCAGAUGAGACUCGGAAGAAAGAUAACAGAUUAUUUCUCUUCAAUAUGAAAAUUAUUCAUUAUACUCUAGAUCAGAUGACACACUGUUCUGUUUUCUAGGGUUGAAUUGUUAUGGAAGACAUUAGAUAUUGCCCAUUUUCAUCAAAUAGUGACAUCAGACAACUAUUGGAGGCUUCUCUUGAAAGUCUGUUCUCCCCCACCCCCAGUGCACAGUUUUUAAAAAAUUUGCUUAAUGUUGUAUGUACUGUUAAUUUAUCCAUCCUAAGUUCCAUUUAUGUCAUUCCAGCACAGUUAUAAUAGAGGCUGGUUUCAGAUCUGGUACACACCCAGUAUGUUCAGUUUUCAAAAUCUGGUUAAUGUGAUGGCAUAAACUAGUAAAGCUUUGGAUUACAUGAUGGAUGUCAGCAAUGGUGAUUGAUAUUGUUUGAGUGGUACAGUAAGAGUCUGCUGUAUGAAAUGCCAGAAGUUUACCUUUCUUCUAGUUUAGCAAUGGUUUCCCAGUGAGUGGAUCACAAUGAACAUACUUUAGGGACUUGCCAUAGUAUGGCUGCUUCUCGAUCUACUCGUGUUACAAGAUCUACAGUGGGUUUAAAUGGUUUGGAUGAAAAUUUUUGUGGUAGAACAUUAAGGAACCGUAGUAUUGCUCAUCCGGAGGAAGUCUCAGCCCAUCCUCAAAUCCGAUCCAGGUCACCAAAGAAGAGGCCAGAGUCUGUGCAAACUCAGAAGGGCAGCAACGGUGGCAGAACUACUGAUUUGAAACAGCAGAGUGCUCGGGAGUCAUGGGUGAGCCCUAGAAAGAGAGGGCUGUCCACUUCAGAGAAAGAUAAUGGUGAUAAACAAACUGUGGAAAAUAGUGAAAAAAAACAAGCAGAACCUGUUUCACCAGUUUUGAAAAGAAUUAAACGUUGUCUGCGUUCAGAGGCACCCAACAGUUCUGAAGAAGAUUUGCCCACUAAGGCAGAGAAGGAGUCAUUGGAGCAUAAAAGCUUAGUGGACAAUGAUGCAGCCUCCACGGGGACUAAGCGAGCUUGUCGAUGUCUUAUAUUGGAUGAUUGUGAGAAAAGGGAAGUUAAAAAGGUGAAUGUCUGUGCAGAAGGGUUUAAUAAUUCUGCAGUAGUUGAAGAGGUUGCAGGUUAUCAGACUGUCAAUGGAGUUGGUGAGAGAGACUCAAAUUCUCUUAACUGUGAUGACUGUCAGGUUGAUGGGAAUGCUAAGCAGAACAGUGCUGGUUCCCAUACGCCCAAGGACAAAACAGUAGCAGAAAAUGGAAACUCAUUUGCCCAUUCUUCGUUGCUGCUUAAUAGCAGCAAAGAGGACAGUGUUGUAGACCAUUAUGUGCCUUGCACAAACUCUCAAGAACAGGUAAAGUUAGAGGACCACAAACCAAUAAAUGACUGCUUGCCUGAGGAGCAUGCUAAUCAGGCAUUUGAGCCAGCUGCAGGGUCCUUUUCUGAAAUCCAGUCAUCUUUGUUAAGGGAUUCGGAGGAGGAGGUGGAUGUUGUAGGAGAUAGCAGUGCCUCUAAGGAACAGUGUGCUGAAAACACCAAUAGCAACCUGAAUACUCACCAUGACAGUGCAUCAAUCUCAGGUGAACCUGAACCACAUUCUUCAGUGCUGAACUGUGUGUCGGCUCAGAUGACAAAUAUGUUGGAACUUCAAGAACACAGAUACACGUUGAGAACUUCACCACGAAGGGCUGCCCCUGCCAGAAGUAGCCCUACUAAAAAUAACUCUCCUUGCAGAGAAAAUGGACAGGUUGAGGAAAAUAAUCUUAGUCCUACUGAAAAGAAUGUACCUGUAGGUAUUAAUAAUAUCAAUGGAUCUCCCAAAAAGACUGAAGAAAUCAAACAGAAUGAAAAAGAGAGAAAUAGUAAUACAGGGGAUCAUGGGAGUGAUGGACUAAGAAAGCCUGAGUCUAGGCUUGUUGCAGGAUUUGUACCAUCUGCCAAAGAGAGUGCCAACAUCCACACUGCAGAGGAGGAUGAGGAAGAGCCUGAUGUGUAUUACUUUGAAUCAGAUCAUGUGGCAUUGAAACACAACAAAGAUUAUCAGAGACUGUUACAGACGAUUGCUGUACUCGAGGCUCAACGUACUCAAGCAGUUCAAGACCUUGAAAGUUUAGGCAGACACCAGAGAGAAGCACUGAAAGAUCCUAUUGGAUUUGUGGAAAGACUCCAGAAGAAGGUUGAUAUGGGUCUUCCAUUUCCUCAGAGAGUUGUUCAGCUCCCUGAGAUUGCCUGGGACCAAUACACCACUAGCCUUGGAAACUUUGAGAGAGAAUUCAAAAACCGAAAACGUAACAGUAGGAGAGUGAAGCUGAUUUUUGACAAAGUAGGUAUCCCUGCAAGACCAAAAAGUCCUUUGGAUCCCAAGAAGGAUGGAGAGUCUGUUUCGUACUCUGUCUUGCCUUUAAGUGAUGGUCCAGAAGGUUCCACAAACAGUCGUCCACAGAUGAUAAGAGGGCGACUUUGUGAUGAGACCAAACCUGAAACUUUUAACCAGCUGUGGACUGUGGAGGAACAGAAAAAACUGGAGCAAUUGCUUUUGAAGUAUCCACCAGAGGAGGUAGAGUCCCGACGGUGGCAGAAGAUAGCAGAUGAACUGGGAAAUAGAACAGCAAAGCAGGUUGCCAGUAGAGUGCAGAAAUAUUUUAUUAAACUGACUAAAGCUGGUAUUCCAGUUCCAGGAAGAACACCAAACUUAUAUUUAUAUUCCAAAAAGUCAUCAAGUAGACGGCAACAUCCUUUAAAUAAACAUCUUUUCAAACCUUCAACUUUCAUGACAUCUCAUGAACCUCCAGUUUAUAUGGAUGAAGAUGAUGACAGAUGCAGUUUUCACAGCCAUAUGGACACUGCAGCAGAAGAGGAAGUAUCGGAUGAAGAGAGUAUUCCAGUAACUUAUCGAGAGUUACCUGAAUACAAAGAACUGUUAGAGUUUAAAAAAUUGAAGAAACAGAAACUCCAGCAGAUGCAUGCAGAAAGUGGAUUUGUGCAGCACGUGGGAUUUAAGUGUGACAACUGCGGGAUUGAGCCUAUCCAGGGUGUUCGGUGGCACUGCCAAGACUGCCCUCAAGAAAUGUCCUUGGAUUUCUGUGAUUCGUGUUCUGACUGUCUGCAUGAAACAGAGAUUCAUAAGGAAGAUCACCAGUUAGAACCUAUUUACAGAGCAGAGACAUUUUUAGACAGAGACUACUGCAUGUCCCAGGGCACCAGUUACAAUUAUCUUGACCCAAACUACUUUCCAGCAAAUAGAUGACAUGGGAAGCAGAUCUACCAACUUGGGUUUACUAUCCUCUUUGAAAAAUAACAAUGGCACCAUUGUUAAUUCUGUGCACAUUUUGGAAAGACUCUGCUUUCCCUGAAAUGUCACUCACAGCAUGACAGCUUCCUGGGUGUACUUGUCAAACUACAGCUUUGAGCUGUCAUGGUUCUAGAUCACUGAACAGCAGCUGAACAUUCCUAGUGUGCAGAAGGUUUCACUGGGAGACUUUUCUUUCACCACAUUAGUCACUUUUAGGUGGUGAAUCUAAACAAAAGAAACACAUACAAAAGGGUGAGCCAGAAAUGAGAGCACACAUUAAAGAUAGAGUAUAUUCCAAAGGCUUUGAAGAACUUGGUUAUAAUGAGAUCCAGAGGAGAUGAAGUAUUUAUAUAAAAACAGUUUAGUAGCUUGCAGUUUUGUUGUGAAAUAGUUUUCAGCACAGUAACUGACUUCUUUAGGCAAGGUUUUAACCAAUGACAGUGUUUGCUUCUAGGCUGUACUCUAAAAAUACUCACUGUCUCAGCAAUGGUUGGCUACGGGCCUUUAUUAAAUUGGAGCUGCUUAAUCAUGUUGACCUUCAAUUUUUUAAAUUUUUUUUUAAACCACAAUGAACUCUAUUUACCAACAGUGAAGCACUACAGGGGGCAACUGUGGCAUUGCUUCCUUAACCAGCUCAUGGUGUGUGAAUGUUAUAAAAUUGUCACUCAGAUAUAUUUUUUAAAUGUAAUGUUAUAUAAGAUGAUCAUGUGAUGUGUACAAAAUAUGGUGAAAAGUGCCAGUGCUAGUAACUGUGUAAAGUCUCUAAUACUCAACAUUUACUCCUUUAAAAUAAAAUACACAGCCUUCUGCCUCUGUAUUUGGAGUUGUUAGUGCAACUCAUCAAAGAAAACUGCCUAAUAUAAAUCAUAUAUAUGGUAAUAAUUUUUCCUCUUUUGUAGUCUGCACAAGAUCCAUGAAAGAUUGUAUUUUUAUUACUAUUUAAACAGUGAUUAAAUUUAGCCUGAGCAGUGAGCAAGGGUUCACAUGCAUUCUUUUAUACUGCUGGAUUUUGUUGUGCAUCAUUUAAAACAUUUUGUAUGUUUCUUCUUAUCUGUGUAUACAGUAUGUUCUUAAAUAAUGUUCAAUUGUCAGGAGAACUGUGAGAAAUAAACUAUGUGGAUACAGUCUGUUUAUUAUAUAGAA